GCAUCACGUGUUGGUGGACAUAAACGGUUCCGGAGUUACUGCUGGCUGAUCAUAAUGAAUCCGCUCACCAAAGUGAAGCUCAUCAAUGAACUGAAUGAAAGAGAAGCUGAACUGGGAGUCAAAGACAAUGUGUCCUGGCAUUCAACCUAUAAGGACAGUGCCUGGAUCUUCAUCGGUGGCUUCCCAUAUGAGCUGACAGAAGGAGACAUCAUCUGUGUUUUCUCUCAGUAUGGAGAGAUUGCUAACAUAAAUCUGGUUCGAGAUAAAAAAACGGGCAAAUCAAAGGGAUUCUGCUUCCUUUGCUAUGAGGAUCAAAGGAGCACUAUUCUGGCUGUGGAUAACUUCAAUGGAAUCAAGAUUAAAGGCCGGACCAUACGCGUGGACCAUGUAGCAAAUUAUCGGCCACCUAAAGACACAGAUGACAUAGAUGAUAUCACUGAACAACUGCGAAAAGAGGGCUGCGCUCCCAAACUGCCCCCUCCCUCCUCUGACUCAGAAUCUGAGGAAGACUGUGCUGUACCUUCGAAAAAGCAGAAAAAAGAUAAAAAGGAAAAGAAGAAAAAGAAGAAAAAAGAAGAAAAAGGCAUUAAAGGUAGAGAAGCGGAGGCACGGACUGAGAUGUCAACGUCUUUGCCAGUCAAAGUGAAGAAGGAGAAAGAGGAUGAAGUGUAUGAGAAGUAUGCCAUAAAAGGACCGGCAGAAAACAGAAGGGACAGACCUGGACAAGAGUCAAGAGGACAGCCACAGUACAGAGAAGAGGAGCUGGAGAGAGUCAGAGACAGACAUAGAGAUGAUAGGAGAGUUGAGAGAGACAGGGAUAAAGGAGGCAGAAGUAUAGACCGGAGCAGAGGGGAGAAAAGACAUGAAGACACACAACAGCGAGACAACAGGGACAAAGGAAGAGGGAGUAAUGGGGAAAGAGAGAGAGAAAGAGAUGGAGGGAGAGACAGGGAUAGAGAGAGAGACCAAGACAAAGGAAGGGACCGAGACAGAGAUCGCAGUCGUGAAGGAGAACACAGGCGAAACUGAACAGGGCCGUUUAUACAAACUGAUUUUAUUAUUUUGUUUGCAUACAAAUGGACUGUUUUUUUCAGGGGUGAUUUUUAAGUGUACCUUGGAAAAUGUUAAUAAAUGUUUAGAAUUUGUUUUACACUUUACGAACACCCGUUUGACAAAUAAAUAAAUGUUUAUUUGAAUUUAUAUGGUACAAAGACCAAAAAUGAGUAGUGUAGUCUUGAUGAAUAGUGACAACUGAAAUUUGUUUUCCAAAAUCAAGAUGAUGCUAUCAAAGUACACCAAUUACAGACUAGUAUACCAUAACUAGUAAAAGACAAAGUUAAGGAUGUGUUCAGUAGAAAAAUAAUAAUAAUUACAUUGGACCAAACAGAUUACCCAUUUAUACCUGCUCAACAGGAAAAAAACAGCAUCGCUAAUAUUUCAAAUAAUCUCUAGAGCCAUGUCAACAUAUUUAAUAAACUAGCAAGAAAAAAACGAAACUGAACUACACAGAUAUACUCUGAAUAAAUAAACGCACAGUAUUAAUAAGAUAUAAAAAUUGAGCUGAACAUUAAGAUGGAGAAAAUUACCAAAACAAUAUGGGUGUGGUGAUUAACAGUGUUUGGGAACUCUGUUUCACUAAAUGUAUCUAGCCUGGUUGAUAAAGUAAGUUUAUAAAUCAAAGCAUACCAAUCUAACUUUCAUGUUAAAAAUAAUUACUUCCAGGAGCAAAAAACAAUAAGCAGUGACUGCAUAGGUAGUUUGGGCCUUACUUAAAAGUUUCUCUGAGACUGUAAAAAAAAAAAAAAAAGUAAAUCGCUCAAAACAUUCAGGUUAUAUAGCCUUGAGUACCUGUGAACUGGCCAAUUCAUAACCAAUAAAAUAUGAACAAACUGGCCAGCAGCACUAAAGAUGUGACUCCAAUGGUUUUGUUCAGUCACAGACACUUAAAGGGACAGUUCACCCAAAAAUGAAAAUUCUCUCAUCAUUUACUCACCCUCAUGCCAUCAUAGAUGUGUAUGACUUUCUUCUACUGAACACAAUUAUUUUUAAAAGAAUAUUUCAGCUCUGUUGGUCCAUAAAAUGCAAGUGAAUGGCAUUUAGAAGUUAUUUUUUUCCCCCUGUAAAUUCUCCACCCUGCCUAGUAUGUGGCAGUAUACACAAAUAAUGCAAAUUGCCGAAAACAAAAGAAGAAGAAUGUGAAAGUGGAGAUUUAUAUUAAAAAAUAUUUAAAUAUUGAUCGGUUUCUCAUACACACCUAUCAUAUAUCUUCUGAUUACAUGGAUUAAACCACUGCAGUUGUUUGGAUUACUUUUAUUAUGCGUUUAUGUGCUUUUUAGACUUUAAAAUAUCUGGUCACCAUUCACUUGCAUUGUAUUGACCUACAGAACUGAGAUAUUCUUCUAAACAUCUUUGUUUCUAUUCAGAAGAAAGGAAGUCAUGCACAUUUGGGAUGGCAUGAGGGUGAGUAAAUGAUGAGAGAAUUUUCAUUUUUGAGUGAACUGUCCCUUUAACAUCCAGGUCAAUACUGCAGGUUAAGGGUCAAAUGUCUGUUUUUUACUUGUUUGCGGAUGUCUGACAUCCCUUAUUACAUUACUCAUUCGAUAGACUACAUCACUAUCCCUGUUUUGAAUAAGCUAUCAAAAAUACAGAUAAAAACAUGUUUACAUCAGUUCUUAAAUUGGACAGUAAGAGUAUCUAAUAAAUAUAAACAGCUGCCAUAAUGAUGUCAGGUCUUCGGAUGUAGCGGUCCUCUUUAGCCCAUUUAAUCUUUGUUUUUGCAAGUUGUCUUUGGGUCCUUGAGCCUAAUUGUCUUUACAUCACAGUUUUUCCAAACUAAAUCAAGAUGAGUAUUGGAUUAUUUACCUUACGUAAGGUAAAUUAAAUCAAAAGCACAAUCUAAAAACAUGAAAUUAAAGAUUUUUUUGAAGCUUCUUGAAUUUGGGUAGUGAAUGUGAAGUCAUGUUCCUUAUAUUAUUUUUCCUUACAGUUAAUAGCCAAAUGAUUUCUUCUAUUAGAUUUUAAUGUUACCUGAUAGUUGGCAAUAAUCUCCAAAAUAAAAAAAUGUUAUCGCUGGGUACACACCUGAAACAUCAGAGCUGCAUCAUGGAUAAAUCUAAUCAUUGCCACACGUUAAGUAUUCUAGUCCUUGAUGGGAACUUGUUUAUUCACAAGUUCACUUGGAUGUAGUGCACAAUAUUGAUCCUGAUGGCUUAAUUGCAAGGCAUGCCACACAGCUAAGGAAACCACCUGCUCACUUCAUUAAAAUAAAUGUAUUCAGUUUUGUGUUCACUUCUGUUUAAAGGAGUCUGAAUUGCCGUGGGAAAGAGACAGAUGGUUGGUGGUCUGUUUUGAAAUCAAAUUUCUUCAAAAACAAUCUGCAACAAGCUACAACUGGCCACAUGGUCUUAUCUGAAUGAAGACAUUUAUGGCUGAAAGAAAGUCACAUCUGUGAGUAUUUGACAAAAUGUUAAUUUUUGGGUGAAUUAUCCUUUUAAAUGUAACUAGACUAGACCAUUUACACUCCACACAUAUUUGGUGCUUGGAGCUUCCUUCAGGGCUCAUGGUCUUUGUGCAGGUACUCCAUCCUUUUCAACACAAAUUUGCCAUUUUUAAACCGAAUUUCCUAGUAAUGGGAGUGUUUCAAAAACCGUUUAUUCACGCCAUAAUUUUUCAAGAUCUCUAGAGGGAUUGUCUGUCAAUCAAGUACCUCGAAAUACUCAUUGAUAUCCUUAAUCUCCAUUAUCUACAAAGGCUUCAAAACAGGAUUUCAGGUUUAUCCAGAGAUAACAAAAAUGUACAAGAAUUUUCUUCUUGUAUUGAUUUAGCUAGAUUUUUCAUUAGCAUAUUUAGUUCCCAUGGCAACCGCUUGAUGAGAGCACAAGCACAGGGGACGAUAGUCCACACAUCUGUAGUGCAGAGACACUGACCAGAGGACAUGAGCACAACACUUUCAUCUUUUCCUAUGGGUCUAUAAUAAACAAAUCAUUAAAAUAGACUAAAUAUAUUUCCUCUACAACAGAUUUAUACAAAUUUAAUUUACAUAUUUAAAAUUACUUAUCAGAGAGAAUGAAAGAGCAGAGAGAUAAAAGGGCUAAGGGUGUCAGUUGUGUGUCAAACUAAAGAGGUCUUCAUGGAACCACCCGUAUUCAGAGAGAUCAAUGCUGUUAUCGGAAAGACAUCUCCAAAAUCUUCAAAGGUAUUUGAUUAAGAGGCUAGAUUCUAUGUAACUGUUACUGAACCUGGUUUACAAGCCAAAGUAGAAUGACCUGUGAGCAUCUUAUGUCCUUCCUGCCCAUAAACCAGCAUGUGUCUCUUCCAGUCCUUUCAAGACACAGGUGGGUUGGAUCGUAGUGACCUGAAUUUGAGGCAGAGUCCUUGAAGAAGGCAGUUUGUAUACAACUAAGGCAUUGUGGGUUCAUUGACCAAAGGGGCGAAUAAAUAAUCGCUCCGAUCUUGCUGGAUUUUCAAAAGACCUGGAGUAAACAACUUCAGUCUAGACUAAACGAAUCAAAGUAGAGACAUAACAAUAUCAACAAAACUAGAUUUGUGUGUAGAUUUACAAAAAAUUUGAGCAGUGAGCGUGUUUAACAUGCACAAUCUUACACUGAAUAGCAUAAACAGGUUUAAGCAUAAACCUAUCAGCAAAUGUAGAUUUUUGCCCAUUACCUCGAUUUUGCAAAGCAUGUAAAUGCUGUUACCGGCUUAUCAAAUGUGCCCGUUUAUAUCUUGAUGUCCAAAGCAGAGAAUGAUACAAUGAUUUUAAUAUCAUGUUAAUGCUGGUUUCAUAUAUAUUACUUUUUUUUUUUUAAUAAGCUGAUUUUUGAUAGUUAUCAGCAUAAUGCUGUGCAUGUAAAUGUGCUCAAUGACAACAAAACAAAUCUAAUAUGUUCAACUGCACCAAAGAGAAGAGAGAUGGCUGUUUGCGAUUCUGCACAGGCUUAUUAGUUUACAUGCAGUCAUUGGUGACUAGACAAUGUACAAGAAAUCCAAGGUGGUGAGGAACAUAAUGUACAUAAAAAAUAAAUAAAAGUGUCAAA